ACUCUACUACUACAUCAAUCCAUUCAAACAACUAAUCUCCACCCCACCCCACCCCACCCCCACACACACAAGGAAAAAGAAAAAAGAAAAAAACAUUAAAAAACCUCCCUUCUUUCUCAUUUUGCUAGUUGUAAUAAUUUCUCAACAUGUUCAUUCUCAACAAACUCCCGAGCUCAUGAGAUUUGUGCUUCAAUGGCCACAAACUUUCUGUACGCAACUGAAUAAUGCAGAACAACCAGGCAGGUGCACAGAACCAAUUCUUCAGCAUGAUUUCACACUCCAUGGACUUUGGCCAUCAGAUUCAAAUGGAUAUCCCAUUUCAUGCACUGACACAUCAAACCCAGAUUGGAAGCAAGUGUUUACAAAGGCUAGAGAGACCAAACUUCAGAAAUUUUGGCCGUCACUGAGAGAGAGAGAAAAAUCCCAAAAAGGGGUCGACUGGUCUCUAUGGAAGCAUGAGUGGCGUGUGCAUGGAGUGUGUGGAGGAGCAGCAACAACAGCAGCAGCAAUAGUAUACUUUGAUACAGCAAUUAGGAUCAAUGCAAUGAUAAGAAAGGGAAACUUGUUUAAUUACUUGAAAACAAAUGGGAUUAUUGCAUGUGAUAGCUUGGCUUUUACUAGAAAAGAAAUGGUCGAGGCUAUCCAAAAGGUGUUUAUUCCUCCGCCUCCGCCUCCGCCUCCGCCUCCUCACGCUCCUCCCCCUCCUCGCGCUCCUCCACCUCCUCCUCCCCCUCCUCCUCCACCUCCACCGAACCUUAAUGUUUACCUCUCAUGUUAUGAAUUUGAUUCAAAAAGCAAAACUCAUGUUUACUUGAAUGAGGUUUCAUUGUGCACUGAUUUGGCUGGCACUAACUUCAUCCCAUGCCCUCAACAACGUCCUGCUGGAGUAACCACAUGUUCUAGCGGAGCUAGGAUUAUGCUACCUCAUCCGAAACCUCAACCACAGCUGAGAUUUGUGCUUCAAUGGCCACCAACUUUCUGUAUUGAACUGAACUCACAAAGAGGCAAGUGCAAAGAUCCAAUUCCUCAGGAUAAAUUCACACUCAAUGGCCUUUGGAGAGCAGAUGGACAAGGAAAAAUCACUACAUGCCAGACUACUAGACCAGCACCAAAUUGGAAUCAAGUGUUUACAGGGACUAGAACAAACCAACUCAAGACAUUUUGGCAACCACUUAAACAAAACUCCCAAGAACGGGACCCGUGGAUUGAGCAAUGGCAGUUGCAUGGAUGCAUAGAGAAAGAAGCAGAAAAAUACUUUGAAACAGCAAUAGAGAUCAACAAAAUGUUCAAACAGCGAAACUUGUUCGAAUACUUGAAAACAAGUGGGAUUAUUGCAAGUGAUACCUCGGGUUAUUUGAAGAAUGAUAUUGUUGUGGCCAUCCAAAAAGUGUUUGAUAAUAAUGUUCCAUUUAAUGUUUACCUCACAUGUUUUGAUCCAAAAAUACAGGAUGGCUUUGUUUACUUGAAGGAGGUUACACUGUGCACUGAUUUUUUUGGCACUAGCUUUCUUUCAUGUCUACCGCAACCUGAUGAGGGAAUAAAAACUUGUUCUGUAACUGGAGCUAAGAUUAGGCUGCCUCUUCGAAAACCUCAAAA